AUGUCUGUAAAGAGGAAAGCGGAGAAUGCGAUCCCAGCCGAGGAGAGCGACCAGCUGCUGAUCAGACCCCUGUGAGUCCUCAUUAUAUAUCAUAAAGAUUAAUAUUUAUUAUAUAUACCCCCUGUGAGUCCCCAUUAUAUAUCAUAAAGAUUAAUAUUUAUUAUAUACCCCCUGUGAGUCCCCAUUAUAUAUCAUAAAGAUUAAUAUUUAUUAUAUACCCCCUGUGUGUCCUCAUUAUUUAUCAUAAAGAUUAAUAUUUAUUAUAUACCCCCUGUGAGUCCCCAUUAUAUAUCAUAAAGAUUAAUAUUUAUUAUAUACCCCCUGUGAGUCCUCAUUAUAUAUCAUAAAGAUUAAUAUUUAUUAUAUACCACCUGUGAGUCCUCAUUAUAUAUCAUAAAGAUUAAUAUUUAUCAUAUAUACCCCCUGUGUGUCCUCAUUAUUUAUCAUAAAGAUUAAUAUUUAUUAUAUACCACCUGUGAGUCCUCAUUAUAUAUCAUAAAGAUUAAUAUUUAUUAUAUACCCCCUGUGUGUCCUCAUUAUAUAGCAUAAAGAUUAAUAUUUAUUAUAUAUACCCCUGUGAGUCCUCAUUAUAUAUCAUAAAGAUUAAUAUUUAUUAUAUACCCCCAGGCUGUGAAUCCCCAUUAUAUAUCAUAAAGAUUAAUAUUUAUUAUAUAUACCCCUGUGAGUCCCCAUUAUAUAUCAUAAAGAUUAAUAUUUAUUAUAUACCCCCAGGCUGUGAGUCCUCAUUAUAUAUCAUAAAGAUUAAUAUUUAUUAUAUAUACCCCUGUGAGUCCUCAUUAUAUAUCAUAAAGAUUAAUAUUUAUUAUAUACCACCUGUGAGUCCUCAUUAUAUAUCAUAAAGAUUAAUAUUUAUUAUAUACCCCCUGUGAGUCCUCAUUAUAUAUCAUAAAGAUUAAUAUUUAUUAUAUACCCCCUGUGAGUCCUCAUUAUAUAUCAUAAAGAUUAAAAUUUAUUAUAUACCCCCUGUGAGUCCCCAUUAUAUAUCAUAAAGAUUAAUAUUUAUUAUAUACCCCCUGUGAGUCCCCAUUAUAUAUCAUAAAGAUUAAUAUUUAUUAUAUACCCCCAGGCUGUGAAUCCCCAUUAUAUAUCAUAAAGAUUAAUAUUUAUUAUAUAUACCCCUGUGAGUCCCCAUUAUAUAUCAUAAAGAUUAAUAUUUAUUAUAUACCCCCAGGCUGUGAGUCCUCAUUAUAUAUCAUAAAGAUUAAUAUUUAUUAUAUAUACCCCUGUGAGUCCUCAUUAUAUAUCAUAAAGAUUAAUAUUUAUUAUAUACCCCUGUGAGUCCUCAUUAUAUAUCAUAAAGAUUAAUAUUUAUUAUAUAACCCUUGUGAGUCCUCAUUAUAUAUCGUAAAGAUUAAUAUUUAUUAUAUAUAUACCCCCUGUGAGUCCUCAUUAUAUAUCAUAAAGAUUAAUAUUUAUUAUAUACCACCUGUGAGUCCUCAUUAUAUAUCAUAAAGAUUAAUAUUUAUUAUAUACCACCUGUGAGUCCUCAUUAUAUAUCAUAAAGAUUAAUAUUUAUUAUAUACCCCCUGUGAGUCCUCAUAUAUCAUAAAGAUUAAUAUUUAUUAUAUACCACCUGUGAGUCCUCAUUAUAUAUCAUAAAGAUUAAUAUUUAUCAUAUAUACCCCCUGUGUGUCCUCAUUAUUUAUCAUAAAGAUUAAUAUUUAUUAUAUACCACCUGUGAGUCCUCAUUAUAUAUCAUAAAGAGUAAUAUUUAUUAUAUACCCCCUGUGUGUCCUCAUUAUAUAGCAUAAAGAUUAAUAUUUAUUAUAUAUACCCCUGUGAGUCCUCAUUAUAUAUCAUAAAGAUUAAUAUUUAUUAUAUACCCCCAGGCUGUGAGUCCCCAUUAUAUAUCAUAAAGAUUAAUAUUUAUUAUAUACUCCCUGUGAGUCCCCAUUAUAUAUCAUAAAGAUUAAUAUUUAUUAUAUACCCCCUGUGAGUCCUCAUUAUAUAUCAUAAAGAUUAAUAUGUAUUAUAUAUACCCCUGUGAGUCCCCAUUAUAUAUCAUAAAGAUUAAUAUUUAUUAUAUACCCCCAGGCUGUGAAUCCCCAUUAUAUAUCAUAAAGAUUAAUAUUUAUUAUAUACCCCCAGGCUGUGAGUCCUCAUUAUAUAUCAUAAAGAUUAAUAUUUAUUAUAUAUACCCCGGUGAGUCCUCAUUAUAUAUCAUAAAGAUUAAUAUUUAUUAUAUACCCCUGUGAGUCCUCAUUAUAUAUCAUAAAGAUUAAUAUUUAUUAUAUAACCCUUGUGAGUCCUCAUUAUAUAUCGUAAAGAUUAAUAUUUAUUAUAUAUAUACCCCCUGUGAGUCCUCAUUAUAUAUCAUAAAGAUUAAUAUUUAUUAUAUACCACCUGUGAGUCCUCAUUAUAUAUCAUAAAGAUUAAUAUUUAUUAUAUAUACCCCCUGUGAGUCUCUCAUUAUAUAUCAUAAAGAUUAAUAUUUAUUAUAUACCCCUGUGAGUCCUCAUUAUAUAUCAUAAAGAUUAAUAUUUAUUAUAUACCCAAUCUUUGUGAGUCCUCAUUAUAUAUCAUAAAGAUUAAUAUUUAUUAUAUAUACCCCUGUGAGUCCUCAUUAUAUAUCAUAAAGAUUAAUAUUUAUUAUAUACCCCUGUGAGUCCUCAUUAUAUAUCAUAAAGAUUAAUAUGUAUUAUAUAUACCCCCUGUGAGUCCCCAUUAUAUAUCAUAAAGAUUAAUAUUUAUUAUAUACCCCAGGCUGUGAGUCUCAUUAUAUAUCAUAAAGAUUAAUAUUUAUUAUAUACCCACCUGUGAGUCCUCAUUAUAUAUCAUAAAGAUUAAUAUUUAUUAUAUACCCCCUGUGAGUCCUCAUUAUAUAUCAUAAAGAUUAAUAUUUAUUAUAUACCCCCUGUGAGUCCUCAUUAUAUAUCAUAAAGAUUAAUAUUUAUUAUAUACCACCUGUGAGUCCUCAUUAUAUAUCAUAAAGAUUAAUAUUUAUUAUAUAUAUACCCCCUGUGAGUCUUCAUUAUAUAUCAAAAAGAUUAAUAUUUAUUAUAUACCCCCUGUGAGUCCUCAUUAUAUAUCAUAAAGAUUAAUAUUUAUUAUAUACCACCUGUGAGUCCUCAUUAUAUAUCAUAAAGAUUAAUAUUUAUUAUAUAUACCCCUGUGAGUCCUCAUUAUAUAUCAUAAAGAUUAAUAUUUAUUAUAUACCCCUUGUGAGUCCUCAUUAUAUAUCAUAAAGAUUAAUAUUUAUUAUACACCACCUGUGAGUCCUCAUUAAAUAUCAUAAAGAUUAAUAUUUAUUUUAUAUAUACCCCCUGUGAGUCCUCAUUAUAUAUCAUAAAGAUUAAUAUUUAUUAUAUACCCCCUGUGAGUCCUCAUUAUAUAUCAUAAAGAUUAAUAUUUAUUAUAUACCCUCUGAGAGUCUUCAUUAUAUAUCGUAAAGAUAAAUAUUUAUUAUAUACCCUCUGAGAGUCCUCAUUAUAUAUCGUAAAGAUAAAUAUUUAUUAUAUACCCUCUGAGAGUCUUCAUUAUAUAUCGUAAAGAUAAAUAUUUAUUAUAUACCCUCUGAGAGUCCUCAUUAUAUAUCGUAAAGAUAAAUAUUUAUUAUAUACCCUCUGAGAGUCCUCAUUAUAUAUCGUAAAGAUAAAUAUUUAUUAUAUACCCCCUGUGAGUCCUCAUUAUAUAUCAUAAAGAUUAAUGUUUAUUAUAUACCCCCUGUGAGUCCUCAUUAUAUAUCAUAAAGAUUCAUAUUUAUUAUAUACCCCCUGUGAGUCCUCAUAAUAUAUAAUAAAGAUUAAUAUUUAUUAUACAUACCCCCUGUGAGUCCUCAUUAUUUAUCAUAAAGAUUAAUAUUUAUUAUAUACCCCCUGAGUCCUCAUUAUAUAUCAUAAAGAUGAAUAUUUAUUAUAUAUACCCCCUGUGAGUCCUCAUUAUUUGUAUUUAUUAUAUAUACCCCUUGUGAGUCCUCAUACAAUUAUACAGUUUAUUAUUAAUCAUAUCGCUUAUUAUUCAUCAUAUAUAUCCCCUGAAUCCUCAUUAUUUAUCAUAAAGAUUAUUAUUUAUUAAAUACUCUCGGAGAGUCCUCAGAUUAAUUAUACAGCUUAUUAUAUCAUAAAGCUUAAUAUUUAUUAUAUAUACCACCUGAGAGUCCUCAUACAAUUAUACAGUUUAUUAUUAAUCAUAUAGCUUAUUAUGUAUUAUUAAUCAUAUAUACCCCCUGUGAGUCCUCAUAUAUCUUAUUAUAUGUCAUAUCUUAUUAUUUAUCAUAUAUAACACUUGUGAUCCCUCAUAUUAAUUAUUUAUCAUAUAUACCCUCUGUGAGUCCUCAUAUUGUUUAUUAUAUAGCUAAUUUUCUCAUAUUAAUUAUUUUAUAGUUUAAUAUUUAUCAUAUAUUCCCAGUGAGUCCUCAUAUCUUAUAUUUUAUUAUAUAAACCCCAUGCUUAUAAUUUCAGCAGCUCUCCCAAACAAGCACCCUACGCCACCCCCCUCACCUCAUGCUCUAAAUGAUAAUCUUUCUUUAAUAACCUGCUAGGUAUUUUUAACUGUACAAAGCAUGUUAUGUAUAAAAAAGAAUUUAAGGUCAGUGUUAAAAAAGCAAAGCCGUCUUAAAAGUGUCCAUUUUUAUAGACAAAACAAUAGUCUAACAAUGGAAAAUUAUAAUUUUUCUUUCUUCUUUUUCAAAUGAUUUCGUAUGACAGUUAACUUGCAUUAAUUAAUAAUUAUCUCUUCUAUGCAGGGGUGCUGGACAGGAAGUGGGACGAUCAUGUAUUAUUUUAGAAUUCAAAGGAAGAAAGAUAAUGGUGAGUGCUUUCAAAUAACUGAAUUUUCAGUUGCCAAGCUGGGAGGAAUUGUCUAAAUCUCACAUAACAUACCUCAGUGUCCUCAUAUUGCUGGCUGUUAUCCAUAUUAUGUAUAUUGUGGACAGAUACAGCCCAGAACGCACCUUGUUCCUCCCACCUGGCAACCAGUACCUUAAUAGAUAAGUGAUGAAUAGUAAUCAUUUCCAGCCAUACUGGCGGUUGCUAAUAUUUGAAAUAGAAAAAUAGUAAAACAGUUGCUGUCACCGGCUACUGGUCGUUAGACAUCACAAUAUUAAUUUACAUCAUGCACCUUGGGCUUGAUCUUAUACAACCUACCAGCUGCUUAACUUAGGGUAUGUAUUUGUGGGUGCAAUGCCUUUUUGUUGUUUCCUGAUUGUUGGAAGGUGGGUAACUAUGACAAUACUGGUGUGCUGUGAGUCAAAGCCUGGAAAUAAAUCUUAAAUAUUAAGAAUGGCAGCUAGGUUUUAAAUCGGAUUUGGCAAGCAUUGAUCCGAAUCAUAGUAUUGAUGCUACUCUGUUUAAAAUUAAGGAAAUGUUUGGUUGUCUGUGGCCACAACUAUGAGUAGAGUGUUUAGUGCUUACAAAAAUAGCAAAUAUUUUGUCAGAACAAUUGUAUCAGCAGAUCAAACUCCUAACUUAUCCAACAGACCUGAGAACCCAUUUUCCUGAAGCUUAAUAAAAGUAUUAUAUUAUUAUUAUUAUUAUUACCUCUUACUCUCCCACCCUCUUAUCCCAGUGCCUCCUAAAACUACUUACUAUAGUGUGUUUUCUUCCAUAUCUAGGCAUCCUUUACAGCUUUCUAUUCAGACCAUGUAGAUUCAGUAUUUACUCCUUUUUUGUUUCCGAUAACAAAGUCCAUUUACAAGGUCAUGCAGAAUUUCGGAGCUGUACAAAUGUGUUUAGAAGCAAAUGUAAAUGUGGUAUUGAAUUCUAAAGGGUACAUCCAUUGAAUGCUUUAUCAAAUAUACCAUUUUGUGCUUUGUUAGGAAACAUCCCAGGAGCUCGCUGUAUAAACAUUAUCAUUUUUCUUAUGAUAUAGGAUAGCUGAAACCAAAACAAGUCAAACUAUAUUAAGAAGUAAAUAUCAGGCUAGGCGGGUGAUUUGCUCUGUACCGGCUUUCUGGUUCUGUUUACAUGAACAUUCUCUGAUGCUGAUGUAUGUAUAUUAAGUGCGGUAUACACUUUCUUAUUAUAUUUAUCUUUUCAGCUGGACUGUGGGAUCCACCCUGGGUUAGAAGGGAUGGAUGCGCUCCCGUACAUUGACUUGAUUGACCCAGCAGAGAUUGAUUUACUUCUGAUAAGUCAGUAAGUAAUGUCCUCAGUUUCUUCAGGCAGUAACUAUUCAUUUUCUGCUAUUACAUAAAGUGUCAACAGCUGUUAGCAGACAAACCUAAUCACAAAAUAACAAGGGAGCAUAAUGUGAAUUAAUUUGUUUUAGUGAGAAAGAUCCAAAAUCUUCUCUAGAGCUGUUACAUCGCUUUGUUCCUAGUGGUGGUUGGCUGUCGUUGGAAAUGUCAGUGUAUUCGGUAAAAUAUGAACAGUGUUCAUUUAACAAACAUACUAUAUUCCUUUUAUUGAAAACUUGAGGAAAGGUUAGUAGAUAACCGGGCAUAGCCUUUUAGUGAAUGUAAUAAAGGUGAACGCACUAAAAGAAUUGAAUGUUGUUUCUUUGGGUUGUGUAUGUAUAUAAAAUCAGCGUGAGAAUUCAUACUGUGGCAAUCUCUUAAGAGGAAUUCCAUAGUGGAAAAAGUGGAUAUAUAUUAACAUCACCCCAAAACAAGCUUCCAUGUAAUGGAGCGAGCUAUCUAUCGGUGUAACACAUUGCCAACCAAACCGCACAUUGUUUGGCUUGAAUAGUUCUGAUGUUUUACCAAGCCUGUUGUUCAUCUUAGCUUCCAUUUGGAUCACUGUGGUGCCCUGCCAUGGUUCCUGCAGAAAACCAGCUUUAAGGGCCGGACGUUCAUGACCCACGCCACCAAGGCUAUUUACCGAUGGCUGCUUUCAGAUUAUGUCAAAGUCAGGUGGGUGCAUUUAGAAGUAUUCUAGGCACAUUGACCUUUUAUAUAGCUUUCAUGGCAGAUGAUUUUUCUGGCUCUUAACUCGCCCCUUUUAUUUUGUGUAGCAAUAUUUCAGCAGAUGAUAUGCUGUAUACGGAAACCGACCUGGAGGAUAGUAUGGACAAAAUUGAGACCAUUAACUUUCACGAGGUGAAAGAAGUGGCAGGAAUCAAGUUUUGGUGUUACCACGCUGGGCACGUAUUGGGUGCAGCCAUGUUUAUGAUUGAGAUAGCUGGUGUGAAGGUACGUUCAAAGGUUUUAAAAUGUUUCUUCACAACACUUUCACUUGAAAACAGUAAUUGAUCCAUAAUUCUCAUUAAGGGAAAUGCUACGCCUGAGUGCUAUAUUCCGGAUUAGAAGUAAACAAACUGAUGUUGCAUACUUUAAUAGUUAGAAAUAAAAGUUGUUAUAAGAAAAUCUUCUGGUUUUGGACUCCUUGUAGUGUGCAAUGCAAGUGCAUUGCCCCUUACAUUUAUUUGAGUUUACAGAGAUUUGUUUUAGCUAUAAAAUAAAUCUGAAUAAAAAACAAACAAGCAAUAUAGGCGCUAAAAAUAGACACUUCUUUUUGCACUAUUUUAAUGCACUAAGUUGCACUUUAAAUUUUUAAAGGUACAGCGCACCUUUCUAUUUUAUAUAAAAUAAAUCUGAACUAUUCUUCAGGGGGUCAAGGUAGGACACUCCUGAUUUUUUUUUUCUCUUAAAUGAAAAGUUUAUGUCCCUAUAUCUUAUAAUUACAGUAUUGUUUUGUUGAGAGUAUUUUUCUAAAUGAUCAGCCUUUUAAACCUAGUGCAUUCAACUACUGGCUAUAGAUCAUAGUGAGUAUAUCAGUAUGCUUAAUUGAGAUGUUGGCUUAUAGUCCUAGCCAUGAGCAUUAUACUUUGCUAAUACUUUUAAUUCCUAUAUUGUUUUUUUUUUUGUUUUGUUUUUUCAGCUUCUUUACACAGGUGAUUUCUCCAGGCAAGAGGACAGACAUCUGAUGGCUGCAGAAAUCCCAAACAUAAAACCGGAUAUUCUCAUCAUUGUAAUUAUGAUUUUCUAUUUUGAGAUAAUGCUGUUGAGAUGGUGCAUUCUUAUACAGUAUGCCACGAGAUCAUAAUGGUCCUAUUGGGGUCUUCCACAGGGGUGAGGGGUGUAUGCUGGGAAAUGGAAGACUAUGUUGGUCAUUGGUAAUGUAGAAGGGGACACAGAGACCAUGUGUUAGAAUGUCUUGUUUCCUGCACACUAUAUAUCUUAUGUUUGUUCCUGUGUAGGAAUCCACUUAUGGCACUCACAUCCAUGAGAAGCGAGAAGAGAGGGAGGCACGUUUCUGUAACACGGUGCAUGACAUUGUGAAUAGAGGAGGCAGAGCACUAAUCCCUGUGUUUGCUCUGGGGCGAGCGCAGGAGCUCCUCUUGAUUUUGGGUGAGUUUUGGUUUUUUUCCCUCUCUUUUGUGCACACCUUAUAUUUGUGAUUCAGCAUUUACAAUGCAAAGAUAAGGUUAAUGUGUUUAAGUAGCUUGAAUGUGAAUUAAGUGAUUUUCACAUAUCAUGUGUUUAUCAUGUAAGAUUCCUGUGUUCAACAUUUAAUGUCUUAUGUCAUUUAUCAUCCAGAUGAGUACUGGCAGAACCAUCCAGAACUGCAUGACAUCCCCAUAUAUUAUGCCUCGUCCCUGGCCAAAAAGUGCAUGGCUGUGUACCAAACCUAUGUGAACGCCAUGAAUGACAAGAUACGCAAGCAAAUAAACAUCAACAACCCAUUCGUCUUUAAACAUAUCAGCAACCUUAAGGUUAGUGUGGUAAAGGUUUUUUUUUUGGCCUUGUGUUUUGUAGUUUGCAUAAUGAAUGUAAAUGUUUCCUUAUUUUAGAUUGCACAACAUUUUACACCUUGUGACAGGGGUACCCAAAAAAUUAAUCCCCAGAUGUUUUAAAAGUACAGCUUACAUGAUGCUUUAUCUUUGUAAAGGCAUGCAAAGCAUCAUGGGAGCUGUUGUUCUACAACAUACGGGUAUCUACCAUUUAGGCUCCCCUGCAUUAUGGUGUUUAUUGCAAACUGAAUAUUCUACAGCAAUGUCCAGUGGGCAAACAGGACAGGUUUCACUUCAAUGUAAAGAAGUAAGAGGUGGUGAGGGCACUUCUCUAAAUAACUUAGCUUUUAAAAGGUUUAAAUUGAUGCUUGGCCAACGAGCUUACAUUGAUUGGACAGCAAAUAUGAACAUUAAAAGAGUUAUUAUUGAUAGAGCAGGAUAAAUGUAUUUUGAAGAUGAAAAAAAAUGUUAAAACACAUUCUUCUAAUUUGUUAAUGGGACUUUUGUGCUCAGUAAGUGUGGGAUUAGAUUUUUAUUUUUGUUCCCUCCUGGGGAGAUAAUUAGUUGUGCUCCUUCAGCCAACAGUAAUUCGAUUGUAAUCUCCACAGGCAGUAUAUUGGUGUACACAUAACUGUGUGUACAUAUAAUAUACAAUCUCACACUCAUUAUACAUCUGUGUGCGAUAAGUUCGCCCUUAGCACUGGAGAUGUUUUUUCCCAUGAUUUGUUUCGGCAAAUUACUUGCAGUAGUUGUAGUCUGUCUCGAACUGUGCAGGCCCACAAUUGGGUACAUCUGAUCUCUUUUUUUAAUGCUAUUAUACCUGUUAUGUAAAGGGCAUCCUGUAUAAUAUUUACUGCGACCUGAUACAGAUGUUUCAGUUCAUGUGUAAUGUUUCAUUCCUAGAGCAUGGAUCAUUUUGAUGACAUUGGCCCGAGCGUGGUAAUGGCCUCUCCUGGUAUGAUGCAGAGCGGUCUGUCACGGGAGCUGUUUGAGAGCUGGUGCACAGACAAGAGGAAUGGAGUGAUUAUAGCUGGUUACUGUGUGGAAGGGACACUUGCCAAAGUGAGUAUGCCUAACUGAGCAGCAUUAAACCAUCAAAUGGAUGGGAGAGAAGACCUCAGUGGUGGAUGUAAGCAAGAACAUUAAUAACAAACUCUUACUUUUUGUAUCUUCUCUAUAUAGAUGCAACUAGGACAACUGACUUUUUAUUAAGGUUAAAUAAAACUAACAAUGAAUUAGUUACUGGGUUGGGGAGGGGAGGGUAGUAAAUAAUGGGGGAACUCCACUACUACACAGUUAUAGUUGGAAAUCAGAUGAAUCGGGACACAUAAUUUAAUGAUUUUGUGUUGCAUUAUUGAAGGAGCAGUGGGCGAGCGGUCUCUCUGUGAAAGUGCUGUAGGAUCCAAGCUCACAGAACGAGACAAGCCAUUAAAUUGUUCAUAGGGACGAGAUUACUUCAGUUAACCAAUUGGGGAGAGUGUCAUUUGCCAUCUGUGUAGCGGGAUUCCAGUUUUACAGUAUUUGAAUUAAAAUUUCUUUCCACAGCACAUUAUGUCAGAACCUGAGGAAAUUACCACCAUGUCUGGUCAGAAACUAGGACUCAAGAUGUCUGUAGAUUAUAUCUCCUUCUCCGCCCAUACGGAUUACCAGCAAACUAGCGAGUUUAUCCGGGCACUGAAACCUCCGCACGUGGUGAGCGCAUGUUGGUACCUCCCAGUGUAGUGUUAUAUCAUUCAGUAUUUGUCUGCUCUUCUUAUACAGUAGACCUGCCGUGUAUGAAUGCAUGGGUGGUGAGGUCUCCUUCAGGCAAGUUCUAGAACACAUGUUUUAGUGUUGUACCGCAUUUUAUUUCAUAUUUGUCUUUUUCUACAUACCAAUGAAAAUGCAAGUAAAUCGGGAAGAGGUUAUCUGUUCCUUUCUCUGGGGCUGGUAAUGAUAUUUUAUUAUCUUUGCAGAUUCUGGUGCAUGGUGAGCAAAAUGAAAUGGCUCGUCUCAAAGCUGCUCUGAUCCGAGAAUAUGAAGACAAUGAGGAAGUGGACAUUGAGGUGCACAACCCAAGGAACACAGAAGCUGUCACAUUGAACUUCAGAGGAGAGAAAUUAGCUAAGGUAAUAUUUGGUUUUAAAAUACUUGGAGAUUCACUGCAUUAAGUAUUUCUGAUCUUGGGUAAUUUAGCAUUCUCUGAAGAACAAACGUUUGUUGACAGCUUGACUGCAAUCUAUGUGGGACCUCAUUGUAGUAGUCCCCUUACUCUUUUCAUCUCAGAGAGUUUGAGCUUCUGUGCUGAACCGAUCAAUCGUCCAGACCCUGCUGAAAUCCUCCAUGAAGUUAAACAAGGCAGUAAAUCUGGAAUAUGUUUACAUUCAAAACUUAGCUUCUCCUCAAGCCUGGGCCCACUUGUACUACUUUAACCCAUGUUCACUUGACAUGAUAGAAUGGAUGGUCACCUUGUUUUUGUAACAUAUUGUCAUGGUAAAUAAGAUUAAUAUUUACUUCUUGGGGAAUGUGCUUUGGCCUUUAGUGUCAGACAUUACUUUCAAGACCGUUGCUAAUUGUCUUAACAGGAAACAGUUUGCUGUAGGCAGUUUAAUAAAUUGGAUGUGUUUGUUCAGCCUUUAGAAAACUACUCAAUAUGCAUUAGGAACUUUUAAGAACCACUUCCCUAGACCAAGGGUAGCCAAGUGUUAGACCCACCUAUUUUUCCCCACCACUCUCCAAAUAGACUCAAGGCAAGAAAUGCCCUAUAAGGCUUGUAGUUCCACAAAUACUGGAGAUGUAUGUUUGGCAUCCUCUGCCCAUUGUUUGUGUUUGAAGAAGCAAUUGAAAGGGGGCACAGGGCCAAUGCAUAACAAGUCGACCAUUGCAAUGUUACUGUGCGUAAAUCAAUUAAAGACCGUGUUUUGUACCAAGGGCUGGACAAAGCUUAGCCAUUCAUACCAUUAUAGAAGUUGCUCUUUUCAGACUGAUCCUGUUUUGUAGACUUUUCCAAUCAUGAAUAUUUAUAUAUCUCUUCUACCUGCCAGGUAAUGGGUUCUCUAGCAGACAAGAAGCCAGAACAAAGUCAGAGAAUUUCAGGGAUUCUUGUGAAAAGAAACUUCAAUUAUCAUAUUCUAUCCCCAAGUGACCUCUCCAGUAAGUGAAGCGCAUUUGCUUCUGUAUUUGUGUUAUAAGUGUUUUUUGUUUUUUUUAGAUACAGGUGAUUGCCUUUGAAUAGAAAUAUUAAGUGGAAAAUAAUUAUUGUUGUCUCUUGUUGGUGUAUUGGUUGUCUGUUUAUCAUUGGGUUUGAACAGAUAUUAAGGUGACAACACAGUGUUUUUACAGAGAUUGAAUUGUCCUGGAACAUGUAAUCCAGUCCGUACAAUAAUUGUUUGACUCUCCUCCUUUGGACUUCUUUCUAGUGAACCCUCCCCCUUUCAUGUGUCAUAAUAAAUAAUCUCCACUUGCUCUCUAUAUAUAAUAUAUUAUUGUCUUUGGAGUGUUUUGAUAUCUAAAUCAUACUAAAGAGGGAUUCAUCAAAGGUAAAUUGGAGCUUUUCUGGGUGCAAACUGCUAAUUCUGAGGCACAGUGCCACACAACAUGCAAUAGUCAUGGAAAUGAAUAGUAUUAUUCGCAACAUUAAGCAUAGUCUUUCCAUAAAGCAUUAGACUGGUUUUAAUAUUAAAUGAGAGUCCUCAGCAGGUCAUCCCCUCUGUGCUGCUUGGGCUAAUGAGAAAGCAUUAACCCGAGCAACAUUGGGUGGCUGUGAUUGGUCUCUACAGACUGUUUAAACAUUGAAUGAAGGGAACCGUGCCAGAGGUGAAAUCGGUAUAGUGCCUGCAGUAUCCUUAAAUACUUUUAUUUGGGUGUUAUGUGUCAGUGGGUACAUGCUUGGCUUGACCAGAAGUCUCUACGUUUAAAAGACAUUGCCAGGACUAUGGGUAUUUCUUUGGGCAUAGGGCGGCAGUAAAUUAUUGACCAUCUAUGGCAACAUAAGAAAAUGCCUCUUUAUGGGCAGUUAUCUAUAAGAAGAAUAUUGAGUAAGUUAUCCUGUUACUUUAUCAGAGAUUCUUCAAUGAUACGCACUAAUAUACUUGAUAAUGGGUAUAAUUGCUAUUUAUGGAGAGUUUACUCCAACACAUGGCUUGAUACACUAAAAUUGUUCCUUUUGUGCUUUCUACAUAAGUGCAUUUUUAUAAUAUUUUACAGAGCUAGUGUGUACAGUACAUGGUGAAAGCCAUAUUUCAACUCCAGGUUGUUGUCUCUGUGUAUGUUGCAUGCCUUCUAGAAGCCACUAAACCUAUAUAUUUUUUUAAAAUGUAUUUAUUUUUUUGCUCUCCAUCUGUAGGUUACACUGAUUUAGCCAUGAGCACAGUUACACAGACACAAGCCAUCCCAUAUACAGGUCCUUUUGCCCUGCUGAGCUACCAGCUACAGCAAAUUACAGGUGAGUUGUUAGUUCUGGUGCCCUACAGCAAUGAUUUGCAUUCUCCUCUGUAACUAUAAAGUUCAGUCUGGAAAGCUAUCACUGACCAGCAAAAAUAUGUCAUAUGCAUUGCUCAUCGGUGUGUUUACUUUCAGGAGAGGUGGAAGAACUUGAAAUCAAUGAAAAGGAUGCCCUGCGUAUAUUCAAGGCUAUUACUGUGAUAAAGGAGCAAGGCAUGGUUCUGUUGGAGGUGAUUUCUUUUUAUAAUUUUUCUUGAAAACUACUUAUUUUUGUUAUUAGAAACCACUUACAGCAUACAAACAUCUGUUGUAUUUUCCCUCUUGUGUAAUAUAUAUCCCGAUUCUUUACUGAAAAUCACCGUGAUCUGUAAGUUCAUCCUCUAAACGUAUUCUAUGUCUUGAUCCUCUGUGCUAUCUUAUGGCAACCAAGGGGAUGCAUACAUUUUAAAAAUAACCUUUUUAUUUUUCUGUUUUUAAAUAUUCAUAUCUAGCUUAGUCUUUGUUGGCUUAUGUUCUGUUACUUUACAACCUACUUACCCCUGCUUUGUAUCUCCUCAGUGGGUAGCAAAUCCUACCAACGAUAUGUUUGCAGACACUGUAGUGACUGUGAUCCUGGAACUCCAAUCAAAUCCUAAAAUACAAAAAGGUACAGUCCCCUGCCGGUGUAUUCCUGCAGCUUGUUCCCUCUCCAUUGUAUAUUGUCCUGAGACCUAUAAAAGUUAUUAGCAUGACUAAUCAAUACUGCAUUUAUCUAACACUACUCAGUCUUUAGAAAUCUUACAAACUCCCGGUUUAUCUUUACCUGUCCUAUCAUUUGCUACCUACCAUCCAGCCAUACUACUAACCCAAAAAAUGGGUGUUAAGUAGGUGUGAACUUUGAGUCUGUUAGCCUGAUUCCCUUGUUAAUAAAGUCAUAAGGACGUAAAAAUAAAUAAAAUAAUUGGUCGAAAAAAAUUUAAAUAACUUCGCAUAAUACAAGUAAACAAAAUAAAAAAAUGUGGGUAUCACAAUGUCUUCCCACCUGAAAACGAAUUUUCCAAGAUUUGAAUUUCAGAUUUGUAGACCAAAAUAGCCCAAUUGAAAAUGUAUCGGACAUAGAAAAUGUUUCCAGUUGUGCUCCUUUUGCCUAAAAUGUUCCAUUUUACUUGGUUUUUGAAAUGUAUCACUUUAGUGAGUGACCUUGUUAGUUUAUUUAAAGCAGAACUAAUAAUAUUCCGUCCACUACCAACUGCAAGGUUCCUGACACCCUCACUGGCUAAGUUACUAAGUAGGCCUUAUUAGAAGAUAAACAAGGCUUAGUUUCUGUUCUCCGAUGCAUUCUGUUUACUGUUUCUUAUUGGUAAUCUGAAUGUGACUGUAUUUCUCAUCUUCUCAGCUGCAACUUCAACUCACAAACUCCCCAAGCAAGUGGAUAUGGAUACGUAUAGUAAGAGGCUGGAGAUCAUGCUACAGUAAGUAGCCCGAUGGGAUUUAGAAAGCGUGAUCAGAAUCCACUGAUAUCCUUUACCUUACGGGUCAUUGCUGUUUUUGUUUUCAGGGAUAUUUUUGGUGAAGACUGUAUAAGUGCAAAGGAUGGUAAUUCUAUCACCGUCUCUGUAGAUGGGAAAACUGCUAACCUGUCUCUGGAAACACGGGUAUGUCGACUUCUAUCAUGUAUGUGUGCCAGAGAGCAUGUUUAUCCAGUGCAAUGUUUGAAAAUGACAACAUAGACUGUAAUUGUGGGGGUGGAAUCAUACAUAAAUAAUCCAGGGGUGACCAAAAGGUAGAGCCUCAGCUGAUGUAGGUAUAGGUUUUGCCAUGUCUGACUAGUUCAUAUGGUGAAAUGAGUGAUAAGCUGUUAAAUGAGGGCCACAGGUCAUCCUGUCUUUUUAACUGACCUAAUUACACAGCCGGCACUGGACAGAACGGCUAAUCAGCCAAUAUUCACUAUUAACAAAUAGUGUUAGAUGUUCUCUACUGGUGCCCUGCUGCUGUGUGGUUUAGACAUGUGGCUGUACUAUGGGAUAUGCUAAAUACUGUGCUUUUUUUAUUCUCCAGGUUGUGGAGUGUGAGGAAGGAAUCGAUGAAGAUGAGACUCUGCGGGAACUGGUUCAGUCAUCGGCACAGCGACUGUAUGAUUCUCUCUGUCCGGCAAACUUGUAA